GAUAAAAAUCAUAUGUAUUGCAUAAAAAUCUCUUAUCGAUAUACUAUCUUCCGUCUCUAACGUUAUUUUAAUGGUUUGACAUCAAUUCUUUGCCAUUUAUUAAUUGUCUGAGUUUUGUCGAGACAAAUAUUCGAAAAUGACUUUAAAAUUAAACCGCGAUGAUACUAUUAAUUUGAUACGUAUUUAUGAACAGUAUGAAUGCCUUUGGAAUUGUAGAAAGGAAUCUUACAAAAAUUCGGUUUUAAAAGAGAGAGCAUGGAGCGAGAUUGCAAACUACUACGAAACAGAUGUGUACGAGAUGAAAAAGAAGAUUAAGUAUCUCCGCACAGCAUAUGUAGCCGAACUCAGAAAACUGGAGGAAUCGAAAAGAAAUUCCAUUAGUUCAACCGAAAUAUAUCAACCUAAAUUAUAUUAUUAUAAUGAUUUCAACUAUUUGAAUAGUACAAUACUGCUGAGAAAAACAAAGUUACUUGACGAUGACGAGGAUAACGGUGAUGAAAUAUGUAUAAAAAGAGAAGAUUCAUACGAUGAGUUAAGUAACGAUAACUGCGAAGGUUUACAAGAAAAUGGAGCUGUUUGGGAAAAAUGUGCACCCGAACUUUAUCUGGACGAGGACUUACAACAACAAGAAUUCAAAAAAAUAAGAUUGACAUCUCAUCCAAGUACAAAUUUUUCAACUUCUGCAAACGUUUCCACACUCAGUACGAAAGAUAACCAACAUAAACGUUACUCUAACAUGCCACUGGGAACAGAUGAUAUGUAUUUAGCUUUUGGAACUAGCAUAGGAUUACAACUUAGACAUCUGAAACCUGUUAAUGCAGCUAAAGCUAUGGCAAAAAUACAGGGAAUUCUCACUGAACUUGCUGUUUCAGAAGUAUAAUUAUCUUUUAAAAAUUUAGGGAUUUUAUAGUACGUAUUUUAGAAAUUAUACAAAAAAGUUUUGCCCAAACAGGAUGUAGCAUAGAUAAAAUAAAAUACUCGAUAAUUAUAAAGGAAGUAGUUUCCUAAUUUUUAUCAACAAGAUUGAUAGAUCGCAGUAUCUAUGUAUCACAGACAGUUAUUUCCCCCUUAAGUUUCAGUUUUGCUUUAAAAAACUCCAUUUUCCCAUGUAUAAAAUAUUUUUUUUUUUAUAUUUUGCAUUGAACAUAUAAUUUUUUAAGGAAUGUUUUAACGAAAAAACAAAAAUCAUUAAGACCUUUUUUGGAGAGCGUAAUUUCUCUAUUAGAAUAUCACUUUUUUCAAACUUGUAAGUUUACACGGAUAAGUUGAAAAUAAAGAGUUUGUUUACGUUGGAUCCUUUUUCAGAGAAAAAACUGAAAAUUCAGGAGCACAAAACAUCAACUUUCGGGAAUUAACGGACACUAAACCUAAACGUAAA